AUGGCUACGACGCACACCUCCCUCGAUGCAGCGGCAACAGAUCGCAAAGCGAGGCUUGCCAAGCUAGCAGCCUUAAAAAGAAAACAACCGGAGCCAGAGCCCUUAACGGAAAUCCGUGCCCAGGACGAAGAGCUAGAAGAUGCAGUCCCCGACAUAACCACCACUUACUUAUCUGGACGGAAUUACGACCCGGAAACUCGAGGUCCCAAACUGGGUUUUGAGUCUGCACCUACAGAAGGGCAGACAACGCUGGAGUUGCAAGCAGCUGAGAUCGCGCAAGCCACUGCAGCACAGGCGAAGAAAGACGAGGAAGCAGAUCAGCCGAUUGAUUUGUUCAAGCUGCAACCCAAGAAACCCAACUGGGAUCUGAAACGGGAUUUGGAUGAAAAGAUGAAAAUCCUCAACGUUCGAACAGAAAAUGCGAUUGCAAGGCUACGUUCAGCCAAGGCGAAGGGAGCAAAGUCGAAUGGUGAGGAGCAAGAUGAGCAAGUUGGUAUUGAAGGGGAAAUGCUAGUAGAGGGAAUUCAUGUACGUGAGAGGGAGGAAGAGGAGGAAAGAAGGCAGAUAGAGGAGGAUGUUUGA